AUGGCCCUGCGAUCAGCCGCCAUGGCCGAAGCCCUGCGGCCGCCUCUGAUGACCUCUACAUACAACACACCCGGCCAGCGCAGUAGUUUAAUGUCCGUCCGGAGCGCCAAGAGCAACGUGACAUCAAUGGUCACCGAAAUUCCCAAGCCCGUUGCGCACGGCAGCGGCGUCAGCUGUUCGAUCCUCAUGGCCGAGCCCAAUGUCUUUCUGACCGGAUUCGACCACGACGGCCACCGACAACACUCGCAAAGCGGCACGGCGCUGCUGCGCGGAAAGCUGCAGCUGAAGGUUACCAAGAAUGUCAAGAUCAAGGGCGUAAGCCUGAAGUUGGUCGGAAAGGCCCGCACAGAAUGGCCAGAGGGAAUCCCCCCAUUGAAAGUCGACCUCUACGAGGAGGAGUCGCUGCGCACACAGGUCCUGACAUUCUUCAAUGCUGUGAACGAUGGGUGGGAAUCCGAGUACGGCAACCAAUGCGUCUACACGCUCAAGAACAGCUCCACGAAUUCCUCGUCGACAAAUCUCGCCUCCAGCUCACCCCGCAACUCCAUCUCGCCCUCGCUGCUGUCAGUACCGCCCAACAACAGGCAAGGCCUCACCGCAAAGGAACUCAAGCGUCUCUCCCUGCAAUCGAAUCAAUCGCGAAGCUUCGGCAAGGGCGACAACCCCAGCGGCAAUCAGGCCAAGGGUUACAAGGUGUUCUAUCCCGGCGUAUAUGAGUACAACUUUGAGCUACCCAUCGACCACCACCAGCUGGAGACCACGAAGCUGCAAUACGGCUCCGUCAAAUGGGAGCUGCAGGCCACGGUUGAGCGAGCUGGAGCUUUCAAGCCCAACUUGCAUGGUUCCAAGGAAGUGGCCAUCGUUCGCGUACCGGAUCAGCUGUCAUUGGAGAUGACUGAGCCGAUUUCCAUCAGUCGUCAGUGGGAGGAUCAGCUACACUACGACAUUAUCAUUUCUGGCAAAUCAUUCCCCAUUGGAACUAAGAUCCCAAUCGCCUUCAAGCUCACACCGCUUGCCAAGGUGCAGGUUCACAAGCUCAAGGUUUUCGUCACUGAGUCGGUCGAGUACUGGACAAACGACCGGAGAGUCACGCGUAAGGACCCCGGCAGAAAGAUUCUAUUGCUCGAGAAGACUGCUGGAAAGCCUUUGGAUCCCGCCUACGCAUCAUCAGACGUCCGCGUGCUGAACGGUGGUGAGCUGACACCGCGUCAACGCCGGGAGGCCCGGGAGUCUGCUGCCAUGCGCCGCGCUGCUGAGGCUUCCCGUCAUGGCGUGAUGCCGGACCCUCUGCCUGAACCGGUCGACAAUAUUCUGGGUGAUUUGGAUCUCGGCCUCGAGAGCUACUGGGGCUCGACCGAAAUCGAGAUGAACGUCCAGCUGCCUACUUGCGACACCAUGGCCAAGAGCAAGGAGUUGCGCCUGCACCCCGACUGCAGUUGGAAGAACGUCAAUGUGUACCACUGGAUCAAGAUCGUCAUGAGAAUUUCCCGUCUUGAUCCUGAGGAUCCCACUGGUACCAAGCGCCGUCACUUCGAGAUCAGCAUUGACUCGCCGUUUACGGUCCUCAACUGCCGCGCCACGCAGGCCAACACCUCUCUGCCCGAGUACUCAGGCCCCGACAUGUGUGUGAACCAGAGCCGCCAGACUUCCUGUGGAUGCCCCGACGCCGUGACCAUCUCUGGACCUGCCGAAAGCUCGCCCAACAACUUGUCGACUGGCGCCCUCACCGUUGUGGACGGCUCUGACAACCUGCCCGCUCCGCCACAAGCGGCACACCUCCCCUCUUCCCCGCAGCCCACCACUGGCGGCCCUGGCCGGGCUUCACCGCCGAAUUCCCAGACCACUGUGGAUCCACUCGCAGACACUCAUCCGCGCCCGAUUCACCUCCUUCGGGUGCCAUCAUACAACCCUCCCGCCUUUGACGCCGAAACACCCCCGCCACCCGCCGGGAACGAGCUCCCCUUGCAAACACCGCCCCCUCAGUACGAUGUCAUUGUCGGCACUCCCAGCGUGGACGGUAUGGCGGAUUACUUUGCGCGACUUGCCGACUAUGGCUACGAUGAGCCCGAAGAAGACUCCGACUCGGAUGAGGGCCCCGCUCGCAUCUCGGAACGUGGUGGUCGAGUCAACGUCGCGCACCCUCGCACGCCAGGCGGCAGACGCGCUCCGAGCCGCAGCUUGGACAUCCACCGGCCUCCCGUGGAGCUGAGACUGGAGUCGCUGCCCGCGCUUCGAAGAAACGACGUCCCGUCACAAAUAAACUGA